AGCCACGCAAAACCUGCAUUACAACGCGCUUAAGCUCUAGGUGUUAUCAAUUCAACUACUGUUUUGAAAAUGUUAAUAUUGGCAUGAGUGACUUCAAUAUAUGAAACACGAUGUUUGAAACAUGGACUGAUAUUAGAGGUGAUAUUUACAACGUGCGUUUUAUGGAUUUAAUUAACGUGAAAAUCAUGUCAAGUGGAUAAAUAUUGAAAAGUCAAUUUUACAAUUUUUUAAAAUUUCCCUAGAAUUGUUGUAUUUUGUGAAGUGUUGUGAGAGGUGAUUAUUCGGAAAAAUGAUUUUUCAUUUAAUGUGAGGCUGCGCGGUCCAGCGGUGACCGGAGAAAGACAGAACAUUGGCCUCGACAUGCGAGACUGGAUAAAAGACUGAGCGCGACCGUCCGGGCUUGCCGAUCUAUUCUCAAAGAAAAGACGCCGAAUAAUAAUUAAGAAUUAUCAAAAUGCCUACCGAUCUUGUGGUGACGUCAGCGUCGGCAACGGAGGAGAGCACAAGGUCCGCUCGAGAAUUGUUGACAUCGAGAUCGUCAACGUCGUCGUGUUCGACAAGCAGCACUGGUCUGUCCUCACCGAGGACCUUUGAUCCCUCGACUUUAGCAGCAUAUCAUCACCAUCACCAUGGAUUCGUGGCGGGUCUAGGUCAUCCUCACCACCGAGAGUCGUCGGCUUUCGUUCCCGUUGUACCGUCCCGAUUGCACCUGGCCCCCUAUCCCAGCGAGAUGCACGCACACCUGAGCGGCGGCCCUCCCUCAUCGUCAUCCUCCGCAAAUCAGGACCACGAGGGGUCUGAGCCAUCCGCAAGGAAAACGACAUCCAGCUACGAGAUCAUGGCGAUGAUGGCGGAUAAGCGUAAAGAGUUGGCUGCAGCCAGGGCCCUACUCCUUCCUCCUCCACCUCUCCUGGAACCACCACCAGGUUAUCCAGUAUUCACCGGACCCUUUCCAGGCUCUUCCGCGAUGUACCCGCCAGGCGGUCCCCUGGCCCACCAACACCUCGACAGAAGACUGCUACGCGCUCCUGGCAGAGCUUCCCGACCCAAGAAGCAAUUCAUCUGUAAAUUCUGCAACCGUCAGUUCACAAAGUCGUACAAUCUCCUCAUCCACGAGAGAACGCACACGGACGAGCGGCCCUACUCCUGUGACAUUUGCGGAAAGGCAUUCAGACGACAAGAUCAUCUCCGGGAUCAUCGAUACAUCCACAGUAAAGAGAAGCCAUUCAAGUGCGGCGAGUGCGGCAAGGGCUUCUGCCAGAGCCGAACCCUAGCCGUACACAAGAUCCUUCACAUGGAGGAGUCACCCCACAAGUGUCCAGUCUGCUCCAGGAGUUUCAAUCAACGUAGCAACUUGAAGACUCAUUUGCUCACCCAUACCGAUCACAAACCCUACGAGUGCACAUCGUGCGGAAAGGUCUUCCGGCGGAAUUGCGAUCUCAGAAGGCAUGCGCUCACUCACGCAGUCGGCGACGUACCUCCGGAAGCGUUGGAAGAAGCGUUACGCGAUGACGACAGCCCAGAAGAGGAUUGCCCCGACCCCGGGCCGUCGACAUCCAGCUCCUCAUCAAUCCCCAGGAACCCUUCCUCCUCCAGUGGCUACCCAGGCUCCUCCUCCCAGAGUCUUCCCUCCCGACCGCAGUUACAAAUCCGACGAGACCUCCUCCAGGUGAAACCGGAAACUGUGACGAGUGGUAACGCCAUCGCCGGCCCGCAGAAUCCAGCUCCGCCGAUCCUAGCGCCACCUCCGCCGAUCUUAACCUCCUACAGACGUCGAUUGGGAUCACCAGGACCCUCCAGAAUGCUUCUUGAGCUGCAGGAACGGGAGCGCGAGUGCGAGAGGGAGCUGGAGAGACAAAGGGAACGGGAGUGCGAGCGGGAGCUAGAGAGACAACGCGAGAGGGAGAGGAUCAAGGGGGAGGAGGAGGCACGACCACCACGAGUGCAAACACCACAACCACCACCACCACCACCACCACCGCCGAGACCAGCGCCUACUAGGCAGGGUUUCACCAUUGCCGACAUUAUGCGUCGGUAAAUCAUGAUGAAGUACAUCGGACAAUAAUGGAAUUGUACGUGGAGUGACUUUCCAUCGUAAAUUCAGUCCUCCAAAUGGAUACGUAAUAAUGACGAUUUAGAGGAUAAUGGGCGGGACCGCUGACCAGUCAUCCAUCAUCUUGGGCCAGCAGGAUGCAUCCAUUAUUGGAAAGCGAGAUGGGACUCUUUGUUGAGGUGCUUUCGUCGAAAAUUACGGAAAUUUUUUACGUCGUACAGUCAUUUUGGGGUAUUUUGUGACUUAUGAAUUGAGAUUGAUGUGUCCGGUGAAAAUGAGUGAGUGUUAACAUUUUGACUUGCCCAACAAGUGCAAUUAUUAAUAACUUUAGUAAACCAGUGAUAUAUUAUAGAGAGGAUUUUUUUAUGCUGUAUUUCUAAGAGGUACUUCUUAGUGAUAGUGGGUGUGAACAACCUGACACAGCUCAUUAAUGAAAUUAGUGCCAAUUUUCAAGGUUCAAGGUUUGUUCCCGAAAUCACGUGUGUUCCGCUUGUUUCCGAAAUUGAGAAUAUUUUCUGGUGGACACAAAGAAAAAUGAAAGAUAAACAUGAGUAAACGAGUGAAGUGGAAAAGAAAAGAAUAGAAUGGAGGCAAUAAUGAGGACUGGAAAAGGGCAUUGGUUGGGCUGCCGUAAACAGUGGCAGGUGCGGCCGAGGGAGAGUGUAGGGCCCACAGAUACAUUUUGUAUAAGGUGGAAUGCUUUUGUUAUCUCUCUCUCUACCUGGAAUAGCUCUCCGAGCCUUUUUAAAAUCCAUUGUCUAUAAAUCAGCCUAGCCGAUACAUUUUCCACUUGAGUGACUUUUCUGAGAUUGAGAAAAAUAAACGCAUUUUACGUACAAAACGAUUCAUUCAUUACGGAUGACAGGAAAUGUUUCUUGCUAUCUACACAAUAAAUAGUCUCAACUAAGUAUUUCAACUUUUCUGCUGUGCGUUUUACUUUUUGAAGAGAGUCAUCUGAGAUUACCGAUCGUAAAAAAAUGAUAGCGAAAUGUCCGUGAAAUAAGUUCAAAUAUCUCAAAUAAUUUAGGUUAACAACUACAAUAAAAUCAAAAUAUUUUUGUGAAAAGAUUGAUCGUGUAUAUAUGUUACAACUAGAGAUAAGAAACUAUUUGGGUUAAAGAACAAAAAGAAAAUUUCGCUAAAUGAAAUCGUAUUACUUAUAUGUGAUAAUUUGAUUCAUGUUUGUCUGUUUCUUUAUUAUUCAUUGUUUUGUCGUUCGAUUUUAAGAUCGAAUAUCGAGGACAAAGAACUGUUAAAAAUUUUAUUAUAUAGUAUUGAAAAUUUAUAUAACACGAGAAAAAAGUAUCGAAAUUAUUUAACAUGAUUUCCGGUACAAUUUGCAGUGUUUUGAGAAGAAAAGACGUUUUCGUUUUGAUUACUGUUAUGAAUUUUCUACGAUAUUGAGUGCCUAAACCUAUCUGUAAGCAUCACUACUUUUAUUUAGGAUUACGAGAUUUUUUAAGGUGAAUGAACAAUCACAGAAAAAAUGUAAAUUAUUAUAAGAAACUUGGAAUACGAAAUAAAGUACUAUGAAAUAUCAA